CAAUUGCAAGGGGAGCUUCUUUUUCCCUUCUUACACACACACACCCCACCCACACCCUUUCGUUGCGUUGCACCUUUUGUGCAUUCAAUUCGUCCAUUUCUUUGAUUUGGUUUCCACCCCGUUCAUUGUCGAGAAAUGUCCGCCCGAAAGCGCAAUGCUUCCAAAAACCGGUCUACCAAAGCCGUCGUCCCGGAAGAGCCAGAGGUGCCAUUGGAAGAGCUGUUUCCGGACAAACUGGAGGUCGCGCAGCUCGACCUAAUUGAAGAUCUAGACGAGGGAUUCUUUGCCACAUCCUACCAGCUUGUGCAGCACCUGUCGGCGCGGCAAAACUCCGUGGCGUCCAAGGUCAAACGAUAUGUGGAUAUUCUGGCGAGGAUCCAUUCCCGGUACGUCAGUGAAGUGGAAAACGGCGUGGCCAUGCACGUGAAGGUGGUGAUGGCAGACGAGAAGCUGGACCUGGCCCUGCGGACAACGGCCAUAUCGGAGGCGAUGAUGGAGAAGCUGCGUGAGGCCCUGGCCGACUCCUGGCGGACCACGGACGCAGUGAAGCAUCGGGAGGCCCUCAUGCAGGAUCAACUAUCGACGCUCGUUCAAGGCGCACCACGUCUCACAAGGGCCGAGGCCCAGGAGAAUCGUCUCAGUCAGAAGGAGACCCGCAUCCGUGGCAUGGUCUACAGAGAACGCGACCGUGUGGCAGGUGAAUUGAAGGAUUAUCAGAAACGUUUGGAACUGAAUCGCAUUUACUCCGAAACUCUGGACUCGGUGAUCCAGUCGCUGCGCGAGACCAUCGCUGGCCAGCAGAUUCGCCUCAAGAUAUUGGAGUCCGACAGCUUCAAGCUUAUAUCCAAGCAUCGCAAGGACUGCGAGGUCUACGAGGAAAGAAUUAUGUCAGUGCAGAAGGAACUGGAUGCAGCCCUGCAGACCCUGCAUAUAUUAAAGUACAUCGAAAAGGAAAAGUCCGAAGUGAUGGCCAUGAACGACAGGCUCAAGUUGACCAAUGAACGUCUCUCCCGCGAGAACUAUACGGUGAGCAGGACAUUCCACCACAAGCAGGAGGAGAAGAACCGUCUGGUGAUGAACCUCAAGCUGUCGGAGGACAUGAACAAUGCCCUUCGCCGGGACAAUGAAGAGCUGGAGGCCUAUCGGCGCAACGUUGAUCGCGAUCUGAAAAAGAAAACCGACGAUGCUGUGCUGCUGGAACGUCGCUUCAUUCAGCUUGUCAAAAAGAACUCCGACUUGAAUGAUCAGAUCAUAGUUAAAGACAACGAGAUCAAAGCCAUGGAGAAGAAGCAAUCAAUAACGAUGGCCAAGCUGGAUGAGAUUACCCAGCAGAAGGACGACAUUAACCGCGCCCGGGGCAAGCUACAACUGGAGAUUGGUCGCAUUAAUGAUGUGGUCGCCGGACUACGCCAUGGAAUGGCCUCUAUUCGUUCUCAACUUCAGGAUGUGAAUGUCGACCUCUUGCGGGCCAACAAGAAGCUGGACGAGAAGGAACUGACGGUGCAGAGGAUUACCCGGGAGAAGCGAGAGCUGGCCGUGGAGAUCAAUGAAGCGCACAAGAAGAUCGAGAGCAUAGAAGAGACGCUGCAGAUAAAGACCGAGCGACUGGAGUUUAUCCAAGAAGAGCUGCAGCGCAAGCAUCAGGAUUUCAUGAAUGCCAAGAAGCAAAUGGAGAUCGCCCACUCGGAACGGGUGAUGCUGCUCAAAACGAUGGACCUGUGCACGCGCGAUCGUCAGAUACUGCAGGCCACUGUGACCCGGCUGACGCACCAGAUCAACCAGCUGUCUGGCACGGUGGCCUCGAACGAGAAGGAGAUCUCCUCGCUGAGUAAUCAGAUCGAUCACCUGAAGAGCACCGUAAAGCAGAAGCAGAACGAGAUCCACGGGAAAGACCGGCUGCUGGCCAACACGCGCGUCGAUCUGCACGAAAUGAAGAUCCGGUUCGAGCAGGCACAGCACACGAUAGACGAGGACGAGAAGCGCUUCAAGCAAAUCUCCUGCUCCCUGGACGAGGUGAACAAGGAGAAGAGCUUGGUGGGCCUGCAGAUGGUGAGGCGCAACGACGAGGUGCGGCUGCUGCGCGAGAAGGAGGCCAUCAUGCAGUCGGCCAUCGACAGGGGCACGUCGCAGUACAAUCAGCGGCUGGAGGACAUUCGCCUGCUCAAAAUGGAGAUUGUGAACUUGCGAAUGUCCCACCAGUGCAUGCAGCGGGAGGUGGGCAACAGGGCGGCCAUGCGUCAGGAUGUGGUGCGACUGGAGCGACAGCUCAUGCAGGAGCGCGUACGUAUCUCUGCCUUCACAUCGGAGAUGGCCAGUCCCUUGCACAUUCAUCGCUGGCGCGUGAUACUCGGCAAGGACCCCCGACGCUACGAGCUCAUACGCAAGAUCCAGGCCCUGCUCAAGCAGAACAUGCGCCUCAAUGUGGAACGCCUGAAUAUGGCCAACAAGCUGCAAGAUUCGGAGCGAUUGUUCGAGACCUUCAAGGCGCGCAUCAAGCACAUGCCGGAUCCCAGUGUCCGGGAGAAGCUCUGCACCCAGCAGCGCAUCAAUCGUCAGCAGAGAAACCAGUUGCGGGUCAUCAAGGCCGAGCUGAUAAUCAACGAGAUCGAUCUGAAGAGCCGCGACUGUCUCAUCAAGGAGUGCCAGACCAAAAUGAAGCAACAGGGCCAGAGCCAAGCAAGUCUUGAAACCGUCCACAAGCGCUGCCUGGAGAAGUACACGGAGCAGUACUACGCCGAGAAAUCCUCCGUUUCCGCCUACGGCGACUGCAAGAAAAGAAAACUGAGUGCCGAUGGCAGCUGAGGUUUUAUUGUGUGUGCUCCAGCCGGCUCCAGCUCGUAACUCGUGAUUAAAUCAAGGUGGUGACCAUCUUAAA